AUGCCCGCAAGCCCCCGCCUGAGCGACCAUGAGCUUGCCGCCAUCAACGCCUCCGCGGUAACGCGCGAGUACAACGUCAAGCCCCAUCUCGAUUACCGAACUGUGUCCGCCGUGAACGGGCCUCUGGUUGUCUUGGACAACGUCAAGUUCCCCUCCUACAACGAGAUUGUGCAACUCACCCUCCCCGAUGGCACCAAGCGCGGCGGCCAGGUGCUCGAGGUGCAGGGCAAGAAGGCGAUCGUUCAAGUCUUCGAGGGGACCUCCGGCGUCGAUGUGAAGGCGACCCAUGUCGAGUUCACUGGUAGCAGCAUGAAGCUGCCCGUCGCCGAGGACAUGCUCGGUCGUAUCUUCAACGGUUCCGGUCUGCCUAUUGACAACGGCCCGAAGGUGUUUGCGGAGGACUACUUGGAUAUCAACGGUUCCCCCAUCAACCCCUACUCGCGCACAUAUCCCGAGGAAAUGAUCCAGACUGGUAUCUCUACCAUUGAUGUCAUGAACUCCAUUGCGCGAGGACAGAAGAUUCCCAUCUUCUCCGCCGCCGGUCUCCCGCAUAACGAGAUUGCUGCGCAAAUUGUGCGGCAAGCUGGUCUAGUCAAGGGUCCGACCAAGGACGUGCAUGACGGGCACGAAGAUAACUUCUCGGUCGUGUUCGGUGCCAUGGGUGUGAACAUGGAGACGGCACGCUUUUUCAAGCAGGACUUUGAGGAGAACGGCAGUCUGGACCGUGUCACCCUCUUCUUCAACCUUGCGAACGACCCCACAAUCGAGCGUAUCAUUACGCCUCGCCUUGCGCUUACCACAGCCGAGUACUACGCGUACCAGCUGGAGAAGCACGUCCUUGUCAUCCUCACGGACAUGUCAUCAUAUGCGGACGCCCUUCGUGAGGUCUCCGCCGCGCGAGAGGAGGUUCCGGGUCGUCGUGGAUACCCCGGUUACAUGUAUACCGAUCUGUCGACUAUCUACGAGCGUGCAGGUCGUGUAGAAGGCCGUAAUGGCUCGAUCACUCAGAUUCCUAUUCUCACCAUGCCCAACGAUGACAUCACCCACCCAAUUCCCGAUCUCACCGGAUACAUCACCGAGGGCCAGAUCUUCGUCGAUCGUCAGCUGCACAACAGGCAAAUAUACCCUCCGAUCAACGUGCUGCCCUCGCUCUCGCGUCUCAUGAAGAGCGCCAUCGGCGAGAAGCUCACGCGCAAGGACCACGGUGAUGUGUCCAACCAGCUGUACGCGAAGUACGCUAUCGGACGCGACGCAGCGGCGAUGAAGGCUGUCGUCGGCGAGGAGGCACUCUCGUCUGAGGACAAGCUUGCGCUCGAGUUCCUCGACAAGUUCGAGAAGCAGUUUGUCGGCCAGGGCGCAUACGAGUCGCGUUCGAUCUUCGACUCGCUCGACCUCGCCUGGUCGCUGCUCCGCAUCUUCCCCAAGGAGCAGCUCAACCGGAUCAGCCCGAAGAUCGUCUCCGAGUUCUACGCGCGCAAGGCGCGCAAGACGACGGAGGCCCCUGCCGCCGCGCGCGGGAAGGGCAAGCUCGUCGACGACGCGUGA